AUUUACAUAUCGAAAGUGGUUCAAUGGACGAAACAACAUCCUGAAGCAGCUGAUUUAGAAGCGGAAACAGCGUCCUUGUAUCCGCAAAUUUGUCAAAAAUAACGGACGAGGGUAUCAAAACGUGUUACGUAAAGCCAGAGCCAAGAGGAGGAGCAAAUCGCCAUUCUUAAAGGUCUACAAGACUUCGAUGGUUCGACUCGUUGGAACGUUAACUUAAGACUGAAGUACAAUAUGGCCACCGCCCCAGACCCAGAUGAGGUGCUGCGUUCGACAAAACGAAAGGAAAAUCUUCAACGUAUUUCACGACUGUUGAUAAGCGGAGGGACUACACUACUGAGAGAGAUUUUUGAUUUGAUUUUUCCACCAAGCAAUCUUCCCGCAAUACUGAAAAAUCCAGCCACAGAGAAACAACUCAGAUCAGCAAAGCUUACCAAGCCACAGUGGGACUGUCUGUACCCUUCCCCAGGGGUGUAUGGCAAAUCGGCAGAUUUUGACGUUACCUUGCUGUUCAGGUUGCUAAGGACAAUAUGCAAUCUCACCCCUCCUACCACAGGAUGGGAUGCCUUGCCAACAAGUACAGAUCACAGUUUAGCUGCAGAUUUGGCAAGAAUUAAAUAUUACCGAAACACGGUGUACGGUCACGUAAACCAAAGCAUGGAAAUUACAGAUGACGAGUUUCUACCACUUUGGCAAGAUCUCAGCGAGGCUCUUGUUAGAAUUGCGGGUCAGAUCAGUCCAUCAAAGAAACGUGGAUGGCAAAUGGCCAUUUUGGACUUUUUGAGGAAUCCCCUUACAGCAGAGGAUGAAAGAAAUGCCCAGGAACUGCGGGAGUGGUACAGAAACGAUAUAGAAGUAAAGGAAUUCAUAGCGGAGCUGAAGUCUACAACUAAAGAAAUGCAAGAUAGCAUGGAACGUUUGGAGACUAGUUUGAAAGUUGUCGAUCGAGGGAUAGAAGAUAAUACACAGCUACUAGAAGAGAAAGUUGGGGGCUUAGAAACAACAGUUAGAGAGGAAGCCCAGGAUAUCAAAGAUCAACUGGGAGAGAUGCGUCAAUCCAUGGACAGGCUCAGCUCCUUCGUUGGUGUUUCUCAAACAACGGCAGCUCGUGUUCGACUGCAAAUUGAUUGCGAAACAAUCUCAGGUCCUGGUCCACAAGGAGGAUCGACUUCAGACAUAGAAGUGGCCUCACAGGAACAAGAACCAGGGCUACCGGUCCAAGGAAUGAGCAUGAUACCUAUCACAUCACAUAUGCGAAAGGCAGACCCUAGGUUUCCCACAGCGCAGCAAAUUCUAAACCUCGCGGCCUCAAAAUACUUGGAAACAAUUGACCCAUCCAAACCAGAGGAAUUAAAUGGCUUGGUUUAUUACUUGCAAGAAGUACGAAACGUCUUGAUUGUGGAUACUCAUUCAGGGAGUUUGAUCAUCACAGUCGAGUGUCGCUCUCUGGAAAUACUUGACGAAUUGUGGUACGAUUAUUGCAAUGGUGUUCUGAAUGAAAUGGUGCAAAAAUUCCUUGUGACAGAGGAGGUUCUAAAGGAAGUUGGCGUCAUUGAAGUGAAGCUCACAACAACCAUUUUAGAGGAGGACUACAGGGCUUGUCGAGAGUAUUUGCUGCAGCAUUCAGUAGCCAUAUCGCAUGAUUCAAAGCAUGGCAAAGUUGACCCACGAAGACGAAGAAACGAUGGUGAACCAAGUUGGUAUGAUAAAGCUGUUAAUAUGGAUUACCAAGAAGAGGUAAUGCAGAUCCCGAAGGACAAGGUGGGACUUAUUAUAGGAACAAGGGGACGGAGAAAGAAAGAAAUAAUGGAAAAAAGUGGAGUUAAAAAGUUCAUCAUCAGAGAAGACCAAGUCCACUUAGGAGGAAGAGAAGAACAGCGCGCCAACGCAAAAAGAAUUAUCGACAUGAUUUUAAAGAUCAACUGAAGAUAGCUGUUAUAGCUGUUCCGAGAGACUUGAUGGGUUUUGUGAUCGGAAAAAACGGAAGUUCAAUAAAAGAAAUACAAAUUGAGUCCGGAGCUAAGCUCAAUUCAGACAGCGAUCAAAGAGGAUUUUUGGUCAGCGGAAAUAACGAGGAACGAGCAUGCGCAAGGGAACUCGUUCAACAAAAAGUCGUGAGUGCCAAUCUUCGUUCCUUACUGCUCAAGCUUGACGAAACGAGCGACUCUCGUGAGUUCCGUUACAGGCUUCAUUUUGUUUGGUUGAAAACGAUGAAAAUGACGUAAGUCCGAUAUUUUUGGACAUCCAAAUCCUUCCAAGCGGAACUUUCUAAGGUCGCUCGUUUACCGAUUGCUGGUCAAGGGGAAUGAAGACUCUGGGUACGAACCCUAGGUUGUACAUAACUGAAACGUUAGGGUGGAGAGACCUCGACAAACAAAUUGCCAAUACGCAAUUUCCGAGUUACUCUUACUGCUGUUGCAAGACGAGUCUUGGUUCACAACCUUUCAUAUUUUAAUGAGUUUUGCAUGCAUGGUCAUUGUCUUGCAAAUCAAACUCAUUUCCA